AACACGUAUCAAUCAGACCGACAUACAAACCAUAAGCGUAGGCCUCAGGGGAGAAGUAAGAACGGAAAUUUUGUUUAGAACGGAAAUAAAGUUGCCUCUUUUACUGCACACGUCAAGAGAGGAUUGUUAUCAAACAGUCACCGCCAUUUGUUAUUCUCUCUUUGUUCUCACUAAUUCUUCCGAAUCCUCUCUGUUUCUAACUGUAUUGGAGUAAAUUCCUCGGAAAAAGAAAGGAAAAAUGAUGGCGCGAGGCUGGAUUUCAUCCCCGAAAGAGGCCCAGCUGUUGCAGAACUUGAAUGGGAUUCAACAACUUGCUGAAUCUCGCCGUUUCAAGGCAUGGUUUCUAGACCAGUUUGGAGUUCUUCACGAUGGGAAACAACCUUAUCCAGGCGCAAUUUCAACAUCAUAACAGUGGAAAAGUUAGCUACUACUGGUGCCAAGAUGGUGAUAAUCAGCAAUUCCUCAAGACGUGCAUCAGUAACCAUGGAAAAGAUGAAAAGCCUUGGGUUUGAUCCCUCAUUGUUUUCUGGAGCCAUCACAAGUGGAGAAUUGACCCAUCAGUACCUUCAAAGGAGACCUGAUGCUUGGUUUGCAGCACUUGGACAGUCCUGCAUUCAUAUGACAUGGAAUGACCGGGGUGCUAUCUCGAUUGAGGACCUUGGUUUACGAGUAGUGGAAAAUGUUGAAGAAGCUGAGUUUAUUUUGGCCCAUGGCUCUGAAGCUUUGGGCCUUUCUUCUGGAACUGUCCUUCCCAUGAAACUUGAAGCCCUUGAGAAAAUAUUGGAGCAGUGUGCAGCUAAAAAUAUCCCCAUGGUUGUGGCCAAUCCAGAUUUUGUCACAGUUGAGGCUAGAGCUCUACGUGUCAUGCCUGGUACAUUGGCAGCAAAGUAUGAAAAACUUGGUGGGGAAGUAAAAUGGAUGGGCAAGCCUGAUGAGAAAAUCUAUAAAUCAGCUAUGGCCAUGGCUGGUGUGGAUGCUGUUGAUUGUAUUGCUGUGGGCGAUUCACUUCACCAUGACAUAAAGGGUGCUAAUAUAGCUGGGAUACAAUCUGCAUUUAUAACCGGUGGUAUCCAUGCAACUGAACUUGGAAUUAAUGACUUUGGAGAAGAAGCAGAUUUAUCUUCGGUCCAGGCUCUUGCUUCUAAAUACAAUGCCCUUCCAUCUUAUGUAUUACCUGCAUUUAUAUGGUAGUCUCCCGGCGUGACUACUGUUUGCAUGUUCAAAUUCUGCCAACAAUCUCAACUCCACUGAGAUGGCCUUACGGCAGUCCUGUGGUCGAGAUGAUUGAGGCGCACGCGUGUGCGUAAUGAGGCUUAAACCUGCAAUGCUCGAGUUUGUAACAAUUUACCAGUUAUGUAGUUAAGUUGUAAUGUUUCAUAAAUUUUCAGUGUACAACCAUGAUAUGUUUGUGCUGUUUGAGACGAUUAUAGGUGCAGGCAGGCAUUAUGCUCGUAUGGUGAGCCAGGCAAGGGCGACCCCCACCCAUUUGACAUUUUUCUUUUGAAUUUCGGUAAAAGUACAAAUAAAAUUUUCCAUUAUUCAUGUAUAUUGUAAGGGGUACCUCUUUGCAAUAUAUUUUGUUCAUGUAGUGCAUGUUUUGGUUCAUAUACAAGAUUGCUUUGUUGUUGGUGA